UGGGGCGUGCAAGGGAGAACAGCCGCUUUCCUGAUGCGGCCUGUAGCCAUCUGCAUAAUCCUGAUUCCAUGGAGUUGAAGCAGGCUGUCUUCUAGGGUGGUGCCAGUCUUGGACUCAUUUCUGCAAUGAUCCCACAGCUUUCCGUUCUGGCUGGGGUACUUAUGCCUACCAAGCGUCUCUCUGCACGUUCAUGCUUUGCAGCAAUAUUUGCUAACUGCAAGAUACGGCCACCUGAGUGUGCUGGCAAGUUACAGAACAGCUGUCUUCUCACACUUGUAAACAGGAAGGAUAUUCUCACCUCCCCCCCUUUUUUUUAAUGAUUGUGAGCCAUGCCUUUGGUGAAAAGGAACAUUGAGCCGAGGCACCUCUGCCGAGGAGCUCUGCCUGAGGGAAUUACCAGUGAACUGGAAUGUGUAACUAACAGUACUCUUGCUGCUAUCAUACGCCAGCUAAGCAGCUUAAGCAAACAUGCUGAAGACAUAUUUGGCGAGUUGUUUAAUGAGGCCAACAGCUUCUACAUCAGAGCAAAUUCUCUUCAAGACAGAAUUGAUCGCCUUGCUGUCAAAGUUACCCAGCUGGAUUCCACAGUAGAAGAGGUAUCAUUACAAGACAUCAACAUGAAAAAAGCAUUCAAGAGUUCAACAAUUCAAGAUCAGCAGGUAGUUUCAAAGAACAGUAUUCCUAACCCAGUGGCUGAUAUUUAUAAUCAGAGUGACAAACCACCUCCUCUGAAUAUUCUUUCGCCUUAUAGGGAUGAUAAGAAAGAUGGAUUGAAGUUCUAUACUGAUCCUUCCUAUUUUUUUGAUCUGUGGAAAGAAAAAAUGUUACAAGAUACUGAAGAUAAGCGAAAAGAGAAGAGGAGACAGAAGGAGCAAAAGCGUAUAGAUGGCACCACCCGUGAGGUGAAAAAGGUUAGAAAAGCCAGGAACAGACGCCAGGAGUGGAAUAUGAUGGCAUAUGACAAAGAGCUUAGACCUGACAACAGGUUGUCUCAAAAUGUGUACCAUGGAGCGUCUUCCGAGGGAUCACUGUCCCCAGAUACUAGGUCCCAUGCAUCUGAUGUUACAGAUUAUUCUUAUCCUGCUACUCCGAAUCAUUCCCUCCAUCAGCAGAUAUCAAUGCCUUCAUAUGGAACAGGAGAUGGUCCACAGUAUAUGGGAGUAUCCCAAAGCCACGAGCAUGAAUACAGGCCGCCUUCUACCACAGUACGACAUGCUACUUUAAACAGACCUCAGCAACCACCUCCACCUCCACCCCAGCCUUCAGACAGCCAACAUAGUUCAGUACCUGUGGUACCAGCAGAAUAUGGGAUGCUUCCAGCUCAGAUGGUGGAUUAUUACAAUCCUACAGGUCCUCCUCCCCCGCCCCCUCCCCCUAUGAUUCCUUCAGCACAAACUGCAUUUGUUAGUCCCCUCCAGGUUCCUCUGCCAGCUUCCCAUUCUGGACUGGUGACUGGCCCCACCUAUGCUGCUACUCAUCUUCCUCCUUCUAGUGGGCUUGUUGUCACAGCUCCUCCUCCUCCUGGCCCACCUCCUCCCCCUCCAGGCCCCCCUGCUGCAGGGUCAUCCCUCUCUUCCUCCCCAAUGCAUGCUCCUCUAGCUGCUGAGGCAAAGCGUCAUGAACCUGCACAGCCGCCAAUAAGUGAUGCACGAAGUGAUCUUCUCGCUGCCAUUCGUAUGGGAAUUCAACUGAAGAAGGUGCAGGAGCAACGCGAGCAAGAAGCAAAGCGAGAACCUGUUGGAAAUGAUGUGGCAACCAUCCUUUCAAGACGCAUUGCUGUGGAAUACAGUGAUUCUGAUGAUGACUCAGAAUUUGAUGAAAAUGACUGGUCAGAUUGAAGCCUAGUUUAAGCACAGUGGCAAGUUCAUGGAAGCACGUGGCUUCAGUGAUCGCUUUCUUAGCAAGAUGUAAAGCAGGAUGUUGGUGUGCAUUAAGGCUAGUGAUUGAAGCGCUAAAAUUGAAUUGGUGUUAUUCAGAAUGCUGUAGCUUAGCAACUCUGGUAAUAAUGAUGUGGUUGUGCUUCUGCAGAUCUGAAACUUGUCUUACUUUCAGUAUUUACCACAUAAGUAUACUUAAGUGCCACUAAAUGUAGCAAAUCAUGUGCUGCAUGCAAAAUAUGCUGCAGUUGUUGCACUGUUACAGAAACCAGCAUUUUAUUUUAUUUUCCUGAUCUAUAAGGUGUACGGUAUAUAUUUUUUUGACUUUGCAUCUUAUUCUUUUAAUUUUGCAAACAACUUAGGUUACUUGUGAAGUGGUCUGGUUGUUGGUCUUUGAGGAGAUUUAACUGUAUGAUUGGGUGUAGUCUUGAGAUACAUAAAUAUAUGAUUUUUAGCUUUAUUUUUUCAGAUACUAAUUAUGCCCACCUUAAAAUACAGUAGAUAGCAACUAAAUAUCUAUUUAGUCUAUUUUUAGUCACAUCUAGGCUUGGCUUUUUAGCUUAGCUUAGGAAACAGGUUUGAGUUUGUAGAAUUUAACUGUUCUUUUUUCCUUAAAAAUGUAGAGAUAAUAAAAAGUAUGCUUUGAGGACCAAAUCCACAUGAUCCCUGUAGUUAAUUUUUUGAGCAAAUUGGAAAAGUUUGUAGUAGUAAUAGCUCUAGGUUGCUGACUGCUUAUUGGGUAGAAUGCUGGGAAGUCUCAGGUAGGUAGUAAAUGCAUGUCCAUAUUACAAAUGAAAGUUAAAAUCCCUGUACAGCUUUUCAGUUUUACGAUAGGGGUCAGCUAGAUUCAAAGACUUCAUGGUAGACCUGAUUGAAGCCAUACCAUCACAGCAGUGUAGACAAGUUACUCUGCUACUACUAAAGAAUGAAACCACGACAGUACAGUUCUAGCAGUCAGAUACAUUUCACAAGUAUUAAACUUGAUUCUUAUUCCAGUAGGUAUAAAUGUUUGUGAAUAAGUUUUUGAUUGAUUUGUGUAUAUAUAUACAUAUAUAUAUAUAUAUAGUCAUGAAAGUUCAUUUUUAGUUUCCUGUAGCACACUUACUCAAAUUACUGUUACUUUGAACAUUUUUCUCUCCCAGUACCUCCCAUUUAUGUAACAUUGGCAAUUAAAACAGUUUAAUGACUGUUUAGGUACUGUGCCAUAUAUAUAUAGAUAUACGUGUGUGUGUGUGUGUGAUAUGUAUGUAUACACACACUUUUUUCUCUUUCUCUAGCAAAAGUUGCUGCCAUACAGUCUGCUUUUGCUGUCUCUGUUUUCUUUAAAGUAACUCAUAACUUUUUUUGCAGUGCAGUAUUAGAAUGUUCUUUUUUUCUUCUUGACUGUGAGUCAGACUGCUGCUUUGCCUAAUGAGGCUUUUUAAAAUGUAUUCAUAAGAGGGGGAAGAGUUCUUUCCUUACCACAUUGCAGUUUUAAUCUUUUUAACAGAAGUCUAUGUAAUUCCAGGUCUAACAUUUCGUAAAGCUCCUUUGUUCUGUAAGACCUAUCUGUUUUUUAAAAUGUAUUAAAUAAAAAAAAAAGGAAUGGAAGAUCUUUAUCUAACGUGUGUUUACGCAGUAAACAGUUUUAGUCCCCAGAAUAUAACCAGUCUAAUGCAAUAUUUGCAUGCAAACUAUUGGCUACUUUAUUGCUGUUUAAUCUGCAUAUGUUAUUUCAAUCUAUGACAGUUGUUUUUAUGGUAGUGUGGCAAAAUGCUUGCCUCAGUAUUUGUGUUAAAGAUUUAUCUUAUGAAGUGCAACCAAACUCUGCAUAAUGGUGAGCAACUGCAGCUCUCGUUAAUGAGUGGCAGCUAAAGGUACUCAUCUCCUUUUCAGCUGGAUCUGUUUUAGUCUUUGCCUUAAAAUACAGAGCUAAAUUCUGCUUUAUUUUGUGCACUGGAGUCUGAGAUUUGUGCAUCCACAGCAAAGGAUGGAAUUUAGGCUAUAGCUUGAUGAUGGCUUUCAUUAAUAUAUGAGAGAUGGUUUGCUUUGGUCAUAAGGAUAGACUUACACACUGGCUUCCAGAAGGUUUAGUUGGGUGAGUCAAAUAAAAGCGCAACUCAGACUGCAGCGUUACGUCGGUAUAUAGGUAGGGAGAGUACCCUCAGUAUUCUUUUGAUACAUGGUGAAAUGAAAUAUCUCAGCAGAAAAUUCUUUCCAUUCUACUGAAAUUUGAUAUGAUAGAAGAUAUAUUUUAUGAACACAGAAGCUGAGUGUAUCUGGAAUUUUGUAAUCUGCAUUCAUUUUAAAUAAGAAACAUAAAACAAGUGAUCAGUUUUGACCAGUUAAGGUAAUGUAGAUUUUUCAGUCAUAGUAGCCAAUCUGUUUUUCUGAACCUGGAUUGCUGUCAUUUUCCUUUUAGUAUUUUAUCAAUAAAAUUGUGAAUUGAUUUAGUGAUGUAAACUAACAGUAUUCUAGGCCAUUUUAUCAAUUUAAUCUUACUUUGGGUUGUGAAUUAGUAUCAAAUAUGAAU